AUGCCUGUCCAUGUAGCGGCAACAGAUAAUGACAGAGACUUCAAUAUGUGUGGAAAGUGGCUCCAUGGCAUCGCACCUCGAAAUCUGGAAUAUGAUUUGAAAACCGGCUGUGAAAGAAUUGAAAUUUCAGCCAAUGAGAUUACGCUCUCUAUUCAGGGCAGGAUCACAGCCAAGUGCACACAAUCUUCAUCCAUUCAACUAGAUUCAAAUCCUCAUCAGAAUCAAAGUCAUUUCUGUGUGUUCUGGGAGCCGCUGCUGGACCUGCUGAUAGUGGAGGUCAAUGGCAAGAAUCACACUCUAUGUAAACCAAACGGCCUCCAAGGAACCUGCUGCACUGACCUCUAUCAAGGAGUUCAAGAAAACGCUCAUAUGUAUGGUAUUGUGAAUGGCAGUGUUAAAGGUGAUGUCAUCACAGGUGAUCUCAAGAGAAACUACACAUUUGAUGGGGCUCAAAUCAACUGCAAGGAGAAGUUCUGUGAUGAGGCAAGUCUGAAGCCCAGAGGAGCAAACAUGAUAGAGGAAGUAGUGAUGAGAUCCAAUGCAAAGGGUCGUGUGGAUCUACCUUGUGCUCAGGGCACAGUCAUUGAGAUGAACGAGGAAUUCACAGGACACAAUUUCACCGUGCCUGCCCCUCGAUUUGUAGACGCAAACACCAUACCCUCUGUUUAUAUUCCAUCAAGCCUGAAAUCUGUAUCAAGGAGCAGAUCCAUAGUGGUGUACAUUUACUACAAGAACAAGACGUUAUUUGAGGUAUACAGUGUCGAAAAGUGGAGAUCAGAGGGUUGUGAGACAGUUAUCAUAAAUGCAAAUAAGAUAGAGUGCCGUUGUCAUCACUUUGCAUACAUCACUGCUCAAGUGGUGAGAGCUACAGUUCGCCAUCAAAAGGCUCUAACGAUUGUUACCUCUGCGGGCUGUGCUCUGUCCUUAGUGAGCUGUUUGGUUCUUUUCUUCUGGCCUUAUAAACGCAAAGGAGAGAAAGACCCGUCUUUACUGGUGCAUCGUGGACUGGCUGUAGCAACUUUUUUUUUGUCCCUGUGCUUGAGUUAUAUCAGCAGAUUAGCAAACGCUGAAAAUGAAACUGUUUGCAAGAUAACUGGAGCUCUUCUGCACUAUUCACUACUUAGCACCCUCUGUUGGAUGACUGUAGAAAUGUUUCACAUUUUCUCGUUCAUCUACUGUAAAUUCAACUCAGAGCUUUUUCAGUGGGUUUUCUACUUGGCAGGCUUUGGAAUCCCAGCUCUACUAGUAGGUAAAUUGCUCUGUAUAGGUGAUAUUUAUGGCUUGAGGAACAUUGGGAAUGAAGAUAUCACUAGUCAGUAUUUUAUGUGCUGGAUGUUAAAUUCUGACAGGAGCAGACUGGCCCAUUAUAUCAUUAAUAUUGGCUUGUUUGCAGUUGCGACGAGCUCUGGCGCAGUCAUGCUUUUCCUUGUGGCUAUAAAAAUACACACCCGUCCUGAGUGGAGGAAGAACCGCAUGGCUUUUCUCAGUAUCUGGGGUCUUAUUUGUCUGUUUGGAACAACAUUGGGCCUAGGUCUUUUCAACUUUGGCCCUCUUUCAGAAACCAUGCUCUUCCUUUUCUGCAUUAUCACUUCCUGCCAAGGUUUUUUUCACAUGCUGCGAUACUAUAUUCUUGAACGGACGAAAAAGAUGUGUGGAUUGAGUUCGGAUGAGGCAGUACAGUGCUGAGUUCACGAUUGAGUGAUUGAUGACUUUUUUAUCAUUAAAAAAUCAAUUACAUUUUGGUCAUUACAUUGAUGUUUCCAUCUGUGUGUGUUGGGGGGCUGUAUUUUGUAUAGUGUUUAAAAGUUGAAUCAUCACACAAAUCAUAGAGCUGAAAAAACUACGAUGACAGAGUAUUCUUUGUCAGAAAUUUAACCACCGCCUUGAUAUUACUUUUAGAUAUAUAUAUAUUUUUUCAAACAUAGCAGAUGAUGUCAUGGGUGGAACUCCCAGUAUGGCUACUUCUCAUUAUAAAUCCUACAGUAGCACAGAACAGCAAGUUCUAGUUUUAUUUUCACCUUUAAGUAAUAGAAAGCUAAAGACUUUUGAGAAAAAUAUGGAUGCAAUCUAUGGGUACUCAAUUUUCUCGAUUUAUGUAAUAUUUAUCAAAAUGUGCAUGUUACCCCCUUUAAAACUAAAUGCUUCUCGUUAUGUACUGCAUUUCUUUGAUCUUAAUCAAAGACAGAAAUAUAAAUAUAAUAAUAAAAUAUUAUCUUUCAACCUUGUGACUGAUUAAAAUUUGAAUUGAUCUGCUUUGUGUAAUGUUUAAGUUUGUGUACACUCGGAAAUAAAAUGCUUUUGUUUGCAUUACCCAAUAUAAAUGUUUUAAUAAAAUAUUUGAAUGUGAAUAUUCGACAU